GGGUGGCCGCAAGCGCCGGGGGGACCAGCGUGACCUUGGCCAUCCCGGGCCGCCCCCCAAGGUCUCCAAAGCCGGCCACGACUCCCUGCCCCCCAACUCAUCCCCCCUCCCUACCAAUGGGAUCAGUGGGAGCCCAGAGAGUUUCCCCAGUCCCCUGGACGGCAGCGGGCACAUGGGCCCUGAGGGCGGCCGCCUAGAGCGUGGCGAGAAUGACAAGCACAGCGCCAAGAUCCCCGUCAACGCCGUGCGGCCGCACACCAGCUCCCCGGGCCUGGGGCCAGCCACCGGGCCCUGCCUGCAGACCAAGGCCUCCGUGCUGCAGCAUCUGGACAGGGCGGAUGAGACUCCCUGCCCGCCCCACCCCCGGGGGCCCCCGCGCUGCUCUUUCAGCCCCCGGAACUCACGGCACGAGGGCUCCUUUGCCCGGCAGCGGAGCCCCUACGCACCCAAGGGCUCUGUGCCCAGCCUCUCGCCACGACCCCAGGCGCUCGAUGCCACGCAGGUGCCGUCUCCACUCCCUCUGGCCCAGCCCUCCACGCCCCCAGUGCGGCGGCUCGAAGGUGGGGCUGCCGCCAGCCGACCCUCUCCUGCCCCGGGCAGGCUUCUCCCCGGACUCCAAGGCGGACAGCGACGCAGCCUCCUCGGGGGGCUCGGACAGUAAAAAGAAGAAGAGUUACCGGCCUCGUGACUACAUGGUGAACUUGGACGGGCAGGUGGCCGAGGCGGGCGUCAAGCCCGUGCGGUUAAAAGAGCGGAAGCUCACUUUUGACCCCAUGACCAGACAGAUCAAACCUCUGGCCCAGAAAGAGCCAGUGCGAGCAGACAGCCCCGCGCACACGGAGCCGCCGCCCAGGACAGAGCUGGAUGAGCCGGAGGCCAAGGCCGGCCUCCAGAGCCCCUUCGAACAGACGAACUGGAAGGAGCUGUCCCGCAACGAGAUCAUCCAGUCCUACCUGAGCCGGCAGAGCAGCCUGCUGUCCUCGUCGGGCACGCAGACCCCGGGGGCCCAUCACUUCAUGUCCGAGUACCUGAAGCAGGAGGAGAGCACCCGGCGCGGCGCCCGCAAGCCGCACGUGCUGGUGCCUCACGGCCCGCCCACGGACCUCCCGGGGCUGACCCGAGAGGUCACGCAGGACGAUGUGGACAGGAUCCAGGCCCACCAGUGGCCAGGGGUGAACGGGUGUCAGGACACACAGGGUAACUGGUAUGACUGGACGCAGUGCAUGUCGCUCGACCCGCACGGCGACGACGGGCGCUUGAACGUUCUGCCUUAUGUCUGCUUGGACUGACCGCCCGUCAGCCACCAAGUGCAUUCCCACCGUGCAGUAGCCCGG